GUAGUCAAAUUAAAUCUUAGGUCUGAAAAAACUGGUCCUCUACUCCGUGAGGUAGCUAGACACGUCGCACGCGCUAAACGGUGUAUUAUAAUUACCGGUGCUGGUAUUUCUUGUAGUGGUGGAAUACCCGAUUUUAGUAGUUCAGACGGUCUUUAUAGCAUGAUAAAAAGUCAAUAUCCGGGUACUUUUCGUUCGGGCAAGGAUUUAUUUGACGCUGGCUUACUUAGAAACCAUGAAUCUAUUAAAGCAUUUUAUCUUUUUAUGGGAGUAUUAAAAGAGUUGAUUGUAAAUGCUACACCGACAGCCACACAUUUUUUUAUAAAAAAAUUGGCUGACAUGAAGAAAUUAAAAAGAGUAUAUACACAAAAUAUAGAUAAUCUUGAAGAAUUAGUGGGAUUAGAAGUGGAUUGGCAACUUGAAAGAGUUAAACACUGUCAAGCACAAGUAGUUCAAUUACAUGGAACCAUGGCAAAGCUACGAUGUAGCGCUUGUACAAAUAAUUAUUCUUUUGCGACGCAAUAUUGUGACGUUUUUAAGCAAGGUGAGGCGCCAAAUUGCCCCGGAUGUGAAGAGAGAGAGGACGCCAGAAUCGAACAGGGUAGACGACCUCACACUAUUGGACAACUGAAACCUACAGUAAUUCUUUACGGUGAUUCACAUCCUAAAGGAUUAGAAAUUUGUCAAAUUGCUGAACAAGAUAAAGAUAAAGCGGAUUGUUUGGUUAUAAUGGGAACAUCUUUAAGAAUUCCUGGAGUAAAAGCACUCAUAAAGGACUUUGCUAGAGCGGUUCAUGAUCGAGAAGGUUAUGUGAUAUUGGUAAAUGCUACGGAUGUAGUUACUAAAGAAUGGAAUGGGUUAAUUGAUUAUCAAAUAGAAGGUACAUGUGAUGAAUGGGUUAAACUUGUUGAAAUAGAAUUAUCAAAUAUCGAAAGAACAGCGGCUACGAGACUUUUGAAAAGUAAAUCGGCCGUAACAAAUAAUAAAGAACAAGAUAAAAAAGAACGAAAGAAGGGUCGUGAUGAAGAACCAUUAGAUAAGAAAGGAAAAAAAACAAAAGUUAACAUAGAUAAACGAGUGGAAACGAAGAAUUCAAAUAAAGAAUUAAUGGAAACGAGAGAAAGAAAGAAGAGACGUCUUAAUGAUGAAGCAAUAGAGAAAAGAGAAAGGAAGCCGAGAAUUCUCAAAGAUAAAAUAAUCAAGAAGAAGGAGAGAAAGCCAAGGAGUGCAAAAUCCAUACAAUCAGAUAUAAAGGAAAGGAAAACGAGAGCUCUCAAAAACAAACUUUUUGAAAGAAAAAAAAAAAGACCCUUAACGUAG